GGGAGAGAGAGAGAGGGGGGGGUGGGGUAAAGGGGGCAGCAGGCGGUGCUGGUGGAGUUAUAACAGUCCUGCGAAGUUCGCCUCCUCCGCUCGGACGGAGUCUGCUCGAGAAAGUGUACCGUCUUUUUUUGUUUUUGCACCGGGACUCGUGACAGAAACCUUGCAAAAAAAAUGAGACUUUUGUGUUUCCUUUUGUUCGCCUGCGUGUUUUCCCCGCUGACACGCUGCGAGGAGAAGCGAAUCCCUGAAGAGAAACUACUAGUUGUGACAGUUGCAACAAAAGAGACCGAUGGCUUCAGGCGUUUCUUGAGGUCGGCGAAGCACUUUAACUAUACAGUCAAGGUUCUUGGUCGGGGUGAGACAUGGAAGGGAGGAGACUACAUGGGACCUCCAGGAGGAGGUCAGAAAGUACGACUCCUAAAAGAAGCUCUGGAGGAGAUGAAGAAGAAGGACAAAAUCAUCCUUUUUAUUGACAGCUACGAUGUGGUUUUUGCCUCGGGUCCUAAAGAGCUGUUGAAGAAGUUCCAGCAGGCCAGACACAAGGUAGUGUUCUCCUCAGAGAGCCUGAUCUGGCCCGACAGACACCUGGAGGACAAACACCCCCAUGUCAGGGAGGGCAACAGGUUCCUGGGCUCAGGGGGUUUCAUUGGCUACGUUCCCAACAUCAAAGAAAUGGUUGCUGACUGGAAAGGAGAAGAUAGUGACAGUGACCAGCUGUUCUUCACCAAGACUUACAUUGAUUCAGCAAAAAGAAAAUCCAUAAAUAUCACACUGGACAGCAAAUGCAGAUUGUUCCAGAAUCUUCACGGAGCCCUCGAUGAGGUGGUGCUGAAGUUUGAGGAUGGACGGGUACGAGCCAGAAAUUUGCUGUAUGAUACCCUUCCUGUCAUGAUCCAUGGGAACGGACCCACCAAGCUCCAGAUCAACUACCUGGGCAACUACAUCCCCAACACCUGGACGUUUGAGACUGGAUGCACAGUGUGUCAUGAGGACCUCCGCCCUCUCACAGCUCUUAAGGAGAGUGAAUACCCACUGGUGGUGAUUGGCAUCUUUAUUCAGCAGCCCACCCCCUUUGUCACAGUGUUCUUUGAGCGUCUGCUGAAGCUCCAGUACCCCAAGAACAGACUCAAACUGUUCAUUUCCAACCAGGAAACUAAUCACGAGCGUCAGGUGAGCUCCUUCUUGCAGGAUCAUGGAAAACUUUACCAGGACGUCAAGUCCAUCGGGCCUGAAAAGGAGUUGGAUGGAACUGAGUCCCGUAACCUCGGCUUUGACAUGUGCCGUAAGGACAAGGACUGUGACUACUUCUUCAGCGUGGACGUUGAAGUGGUCUUGAAGAACGAGGACACGCUCAAAGUUCUCGUCGAACAAAACCUUCCUGUCGUGGCACCGAUGAUAACUCGAGCUGGUCGACUGUGGAGCAACUUCUGGGGGGCCCUCAGCGCAGAUGGCUAUUACUCCAGGUCUGAGGACUACGUGGACAUAGUUCAAGGUCGCAGAGUCGGUGUGUGGAACGUCCCGUACGUGUCCAGUGUGUACCUGGUGGAGGCUGGCCUCCUUCGAACAGAGCUCACAGACUUCAACCUCUUUAACUCACACAUCUUAGACCCUGACAUGGCGUUCUGCCACAACAUCCGCAGCGAGGGAAUCUUCAUGUAUGUAACCAACAUGCACACCUUUGGUCGCAUCCUGUCAACAGAGAACUAUAAGAUGGGCCAUCUUCAUAAUGAUCUGUGGCAGAUCUUUGAAAACCCAGUGGACUGGCAGGAGCGCUACAUUCACGAGAACUACACUCUCAUCAUGAAGAACCAGAUGGUUGAAACUCCGUGCCCUGACGUGUACUGGUUCCCAAUUUUCUCAGAUGUUGCUUGUGACCACCUUGUUGAAGAAAUGGAACACUUUGGAAAGUGGUCAGGAGGAGGCAAUACGGACACCAGAAUCCAAGGCGGCUAUGAGAACGUUCCCACAAUCGACAUCCACAUGAAUCAAAUCAACUUUGAAAAGGAAUGGCACAAAUUCCUGCUGGAGUUUAUAGCACCAAUAACAGAGAAAAUGUUUCCUGGUUACUACACCAAGGCUCAAUUUGACUUGGCCUUUGUAGUUAGAUAUAAGCCAGAUGAGCAGCCCUCUUUGAGACCACACCAUGACGCCUCCACUUUCACUAUAAACGUUGCACUCAAUCAAGUGGGCCUGGAUUACCAGGGUGGUGGAUGCCGGUUCCUCCGCUAUGACUGCUCUGUCGAGGCUCCUCGUAAAGGCUGGGCCCUCAUGCACCCGGGCCGACUCACCCACUACCACGAAGGCCUGCCGACCACUGCCGGCGUCAGGUACAUCGCAGUGUCCUUUGUGGAUCCCUGAGCACCUGAAGACGACCCACAUCACCGGCUAGUCCAGACCAAACACGACACAUACAGGGCCACAUGCUUCAGCAUCGCAGCUGCUCUUUAACUUCGGAGUCAGGGUGGUGAACUUUUCUCUUUAUCGGUUCAUUGGCUUGUUUUGAUGUCCAAAAUGAUAUCGUCAUUGUCUCAUUUACACAGCUGUGUUGUUACUUAACUCAAGCUUUCAGCACUAGCAGAUCAGUGCUCCAGGCAACAUAAAGACACAGAUGUAUGGCAGGAGAAGGACAUGCACAUAUGUUAUCAGAGGAGAACUGGGUCAAAAGUAACAAAACUAAUUUGGAGUAGUCAGUACUGGAUUAUCAACCAGACCUGUAGUGACCCCAGACCUGUAUUUUACCUGUACCUGUUAGUCUAUCAUCAUUUAACAUGUGCUAACCGGUUUGGGAAUGUGCACCACUUCAUCACAAUAUCAGCUGGAAUGAUGAGGGCCUUCUUCUUCUGAUUGUUACACAAUGUGAAGGCACUUCCUAUGUUGAAAUGUAUCAGACCUUUAUUAUUUCAGGUGAUACCGUAUGUGUUCAUGUGGUACAGCCCUCAACACGUUUGUUUGUGUCAAAACAUCACACUGUUAUCACACGAGUUUCAUAAAAGGCCAAGUUGAGUGGAAGAACAGGCCCAUAGUGCACUUCUAUCCUUUGUGAGGGAAUCCAGUAAGUGUGUAAGUUAAAAGGUUAAUUCCACUGAUUUUACACAUUAGAGUAAUUACUGCAUUGUGUGUGUCACUCUUCCCAGCGAUCACUAUCUAAUAAAUGUUGAAACAAAUCUUCAAAAGAAAAGAAAAUAGCCAACCUACAACCUGCACAGGGGCAAAUGUUAACAGGUCAUUUGUCUUUCUGUCCUUAUUCUCUGGGGUAAUGGUUGUUACUUUAGUCCCAGUUCUAAACUUCUAAAACUUCUGGAACAAUGUUGACCUUGUAGCAUGUAGCCCUCCUGAUGUAAACAUGUUGCAAUUGCAUUAUGGGAAGUGUAUGAUCCAGUGUUUUAGGAGCUAAAUUUACAAAAUAUUUCGUACAUGAUGUCGUCUGUUGCUUCAGGUUUAUAUUAGCAGCUGCGCCAGGGCCUCUAGUCUCACUCUGUAUCAGCUGAUAAGUGCUAAUUUCAUUGAAAAUGUGUUCAUUAAUAUGCACAAUUAAAGCUUGCUUUGAUUUGACUUGAUUAAAAUAAUGAACUGAACUGGCAGAAAUCAAACCUACAGUCUGAAAGGAAAUGAUGAUCAUAUUGUCGUGCAGCUGUGGCUCAGUGUGUGGCUCCUGUUUGCUCUGGCAGUGUGUGUUGUGGAUCAUUCAUCCAGUUGUCCUGUUGUGCCUUGAGCUGGACUUCUCUCAGGAAGUCACCAGAGUUCAGCUAAGAUCCUUUUUUUUUUUUAAAUGUUUGUGAAAAACUUUAUUGUUCUGUUUUUAUCUGUAUCCAAAGCAAAUAUUUUCUACUUCCAUCUUGAACUGAGACACUCCAAAGCCUGUUACGCCUCUCUUAUUUAUUUUUUGUAGAUUUAUCAGACAAACUCACUCACUGAUUUUCUUUUUCAUUUGCAAUAUAACUGCUUCAUGAGGGAUUUCAUAUUGGUAUCAGAGCUGAUUUAUCUUCUGCAUUCAUCGAUGUCAGUCAGUGUAGCACACUCAUACAUAUGUCAUUUCUAACUGUUAGAAGCCACAACUUGAAUAAACCAGUGAACCCAU